AAAGAAAAAACAUAGGAGCUAUUUUCUAUUACUACAUUCCCAUGUCCGUUCUGGCUUUGGCAAACACCGCCUGUUUGGCCUUUACCAUCUUCAUUAUCUGGAAAUGGAAGAAGGCAACAGCUGUGAUACAGAACAUAGGUUCCUGCACUGGAGCUAACAAAGGAGGCUUGCAAGAUGCGCUGCUCUACGCGAAGCUGCUGCUGACAGCCGGCGUAGCGGAGCUGGCGCUGGAAAUAUCGGUGUGGGCGACGCGGCCGACCAAGUGGGACGACGACUGGCUGAUCCGCUACGACAGCAUCAUGCACAGCAUCUACGUGUUCAACAUGGCGGCAACGCUGGUGGACGUUGUGCGCGCGCUGGCAGUGGUGUGGCUGAGCGCCGGGCGCUGCGCAUGGGCUGCGCAGGCGGCCCGCCUGGUGCUGCGCACCCUGCGCGAGCGCGCUCGAGCGCAGACCCUGGAGCUGCCCCGGGCGCAGCGCCUCGACUGCGACUGGGGGUCGGUAGACACCACCACCACCACCACUGGAUGU